AUGUCACGACGAUACGCGUACUUCAUGUACACCAAAAACGCCGAGAUCAUUGUUGUCGGCGGCGCCACCCACAAGAAACUUUGGUCGGUGCAAGAAAAUUCGUACCAGGUUCCAAAAUCUGCAUCCAACCAGACAUCAACCCUAGAGCACACCGUUCCAAAAACUCCCGCCGCGAGCGAACAAGAAUCCAGCCCCCGCUCCUCCCAGGCCUCCCCGAUGACCUGGCGAUCGCCUGCCUCAUCCGGGUCCCACGCGUCGACCACAACAAGCUCCGCCCUCGGAUUCGGCUGUGCUGUCCUCAGCGGCUGCCACCUGUACCUUUUCGGGGGCAAAGACCCCCUUAAAGGGUCAAUGAGGCGAGUGAUUUUCUACAGCGCCCGAACGAACAAAUGGCACAGGGCGCCAGAUAUGCUUCGUAAAAGACACUUCUUUGGCUCGUGCGUGAUAAACAACUGUCUCUAUGUAGCAGGUGGAGAAUGUGAAGGCAUACAGAGAACACUUCGCUCGGCCGAAGUUUACGAUCCGAAUAGAAACCGGUGGAGUUUUAUAGCUGAUAUGAGCACAGCUAUGGUCCCGUUUAUCGGAGUUGUUUAUGACGGGAAGUGGUUCUUGAAAGGGCUCGGUGCACAUAGGGAGGUUUUGAGCGAAGCUUAUACACCGGAGAGUAAUUUGUGGAGUCCGAUUAACGAUGGGAUGGUUUCUGGAUGGAGAAAUCCGAGUAUUUCUAUGAACGGAAAGCUUUACGCGUUGGAUUGUAGGGACGGGUGUAAAUUGCGUGUUUAUGACGAAAAAACGGAUUCUUGGAGUAGGUUCAUUGAUAGUAAGAUUCAUCUCGGAAAUUCGCGGGCUCUUGAGGCGGCUGCGCUUGUGCCGAUUAACGGGAAGCUCUGUAUUAUCCGGAAUAAUAUGAGUAUUAGUAUGGUGGAUGUUUCGGGUACGGAUAAACGGGCGGAGGGCAGUUCGGGGAUUUGGGAGAAUAUUGCGAUCAAGGGGCAUUUUAGGAAUUUGUUCACGAAUUUGUGGUCGAGUAUUGCGGGGAGAAGUGGGUUGAAGAGUCACAUUGUGCAUUGUCAGGUACUUCAAGUAUGAAAUAGAAGUCGAAAAUAAUAAUAAUAAUAAGGUUGUUAUGAAUUUAGGAAAUAGGACUUUUGAGGAAAGACCAUAUAUUAUUUACAUUGAUGAAAAAGAGAUAGCAGAUUAUGACUUUUCGAACUUGCUGUACAUUCUUUUGUUGUAUUUUCGUCUUUAGGUUGUCUGUUUUCUCCGAUCGUGUUUCUUUUUUGUGAAUAUCGGUACUCGUUCCGACAUAUUUUGCGCGUAGACGAAAAAGACUAAUUUCUUGCUUUUAAUUGA